UUUUUUUUUUUCAAUGUCAACAAUUGUUUAUUGUUUGUAACUGGCAGCAUUGCAUAUUCAUUUUAUUUUAUUUUAUUUUAUUUUUUCUUUUAUUUUUGUUUCUUUUCCUGUAUUAAAGUAUGAAUAUUCCAAAGAAAAUACCUUCAACUGAAGACCAACAACAAAUUCUUGAGAAAUUAAAAGAAUCACUUGGAAAUAACAAUAGAGAGUUUUCUGAUAAUUUAUUAAUUCAAUUUUUAGAAGCUAAUAUAUGGAAUAUCAAUGACGCGAAACAACAAUUCAUGGAUACAAUUAUUUGGCGUGAUAACAAUCAUAUCAAUCGUAUACCUAUUGCUACAAAAUAUAAUAAUGUGCCUGUAUUAAUUGCUUGUAGAGGUUAUCAAUACAUUGAUGAUACUAACUUUACUGUACAACCUGGAUUAUCUGAGAGCGUCGUUAGAACUGUUAAUUGCAUUGGUGGUGAUUGUUUUCAUAAAUUUGAUAAAGAAGGUCAUCCCAUUUUAAUCGAUCGAACUGUAAAAUUGAAACAGAACAAUAGAUUAUACAUACAUGAACGAUAUUCAAUUUCUUUCUUUAUACAUAUCUAUCUAUCUAUAGGGCUAUCAUAAUACAAAGGAAAUGGGAAAUAACGUGACUUCAAAAGAAAUAACAAAUUAUCAAAUUGCAGUUAAUGAAUUCUUAAAUCGAGUCAUUAUGCCUGAAGCAUGUGAGAGAGCAGGAA